GGAUAUCCGAGUUGAAUUCGGCCCUCGAGUACAGAACGAUACUGCGGCACGGAUCGACCCUGAGAGCGCGGACUUUUCUGAGGGGGAUAUCCAGAAUGCAUUAGACGCUCGAGUACAGAACGACGCUGGAGUACAGAACGACGCUCGAGUACAGAACGACGCUCGAGUACAGAACGAACCUGAGAGCGCGGACUUUUCUGGGGGUGAUAUCCAAGUUGAAUUCGACCCUCGAGUACAGAACGAUACUGCGGCACGGAUCGACCCUGAGAGCGCGGACUUUUCUGAGGGGGAUAUCCAAGUUGAAUUCGACCCUCGAGUACAGAACGAUACUGCGGCACGGAUCGACCCUGAGAGCGCGGACUUUUCUGAGGGGGAUAUCCAGAAUGCAUUAGACGCUCGAGUACAGAACGACGCUCGAGUACAGAACGACGCUCGA